UGUGGGAAUAUGUCGAUAGUGUCAUUUCUUGCGUCAGUGCUCACACCAGAGCUUCCUCUACGUGAUUGAACCAAUAGAAUUGUCUCCCCAAUAAUCAUCCCCUCUCCUUUCUGUUCUAUAUAUAUACAACCAAACCCAUCCUUCAACCAACCACAUCCAAUCCAAAUUUCAAGAUACCAUGGGGUUGAAGCUUUCUUGCAUCCACCGAGGCAGCAGCCUCUCGCGGCAGGCGCGCCAGCCGGCCUCGCCGGCGCCGACCAGGGUCAUCGCCGGCGACGGCUCGCUGAAGGAGCUCCCGGCCUCAGCUCCUGCCCGCGUCUCCGACGUGCUGGGUCACAACCACAACGGCGGCGCGGCGCCAGCGUUCUUCGUGUGCAACUCCGACGCGCUCUACUUCAACGAGCACCCCCCGGCGUUGGCCCCCGGCGACCUGCUCCGGCCGGGGCAGAUAUACUUCGUGCUCCCGGCGGCCAUGCUCGAGAAGCCGCUGUCCACGGCCGACAUGGCGGCGCUGGCCGUGCGCGCCAGCACGGCGCUGGCGUCGUCGAGCGGAAAGCCUCGGCGUCACGGGCGGCGCCGCCGUGCUUGUGGCGGUGGCAAGAAGGCCGUGCGAGUCAUGCCGGUGCGCGAGGAGAUGGAGGAUGGCGGCGGCGAGGACGUCUUCUUCAACGAGAAGCUCAACCAGCAGACGCUUGGGGAGUUCGGGGCGUCGCUGAGCCUGACGAAGAGGGAUGAGAAACUCACCGCGGCGGCGGCGACGUCGCGGCUGAAGCGGGCGCUGAGCAUCAUUCAAGAGGAUGCCGAGUGAAGCAAUAAUCUGAAUGUCUGAUACGGUCUCAAAUUCUUUUGUUCUUUCAAAAAACCAUUUUGUGUUAGCCUAAAAUAUUGCAGGAAGUGCAUACAGAUGUAUCGUCUGCAAGCCUGUAUAUAAUUCGGUAGUUACUAAAUACAAGAAUUAAUGUAAAAACAUGAUUCGUUGAUUUUUUUUUAUUUCUGGUGUACAAUUCUCCUAUUCCUGUUGUAUUUUUCUACGACUGUGCGAGUAUGAUGAAUUUUCAAGGUCCGAGAAGAAAUUUGAAUUGUUC